AUCUCGAUGAAGCAGCGGUUCUCGUCUUUGGACAUUAUCGCGUCCAUUGCGCUUCUGCGCAGUCGACUGAUUGGUCUGCGUGUCACGAAUGUCUAUGACAUUAACUUCAAGACCUACCUCUUCAAGCUCGCCAAGCCAGGGUUCAAAGCCAUUCUGCUCGUCGAGUCUGGCAUUCGUUUCCACACAACCGAGUUCGAUUGGCCCAAAAACAACUCGCCAUCGAACUUUGCCAUGAAGCUUCGCAAGCACCUCCGCACGCGUCGAUUGAAUAGCAUUCGUCAAGUUGGAGCCGAUCGUGUCAUUGACCUUGAAUUCGGAUCUGGCGUCGCGGCGUACCAUGUCAUUGUGGAACUUUACGAUCGUGGAAACAUUAUUCUGACCGACUUUGAGUACAACAUCCUGUCGCUCCUGCGUGUGCGCACUGUCGAAGGCGACGAAGACGUGCGCUUUGCUGUUGGUGAAAAGUUUCCCGAGGCUGCAGUUCGUGAAGACGUCAUCCCGUCCAAAGCCACGCUGCUCGCAGCGCUGCUUGCCUGCAGUCCGGCAGACCAGCUGAAAAAGUUCCUGAACAGCCAGCUUGCUUUCGGACCGGCGGUCGUUGAGCACUGCAUUCUCAAAGCUGGACUCAAGCCUGAUGGCUCUGUGAGCUCUCAGCUGCCAUGCACUGCAGAGCACUCCGAGCCCAUCGACAAGCUGUACGCGGAAAUUCUGAACACACAACAGUUGUUGAUCGAUGUCGGAGCCAGUAGUGAAGUACCUGGCUACAUUAUCCAGCGAAAAGAAUCUCGCGCUACUGCUGCCAACAAAAACAAGGGCGUUGGUGAUGAGCAAGCGGCUGUGGCUGCUGCUCUGGCCUCUGCUUCCGGCGACGCUUCCGACAUUUUUGUCUUUGACGAAUACCACCCUUUCCUGUUCGAGCAGCACAAGGCGCGACCCGUGGUGCACUUUCCCACAUUUGAUCGCGCUGUGGACGAGUUCUACUCGCGCAUCGAAGGCCAGCGUCUUGACAUGAAGCAUAUCGGCGACGAGCGCAAUGUUCUGAAAAAGCUCGAAAAGUUCAAGCUCGAGCAGGAGCGAAAACUCGUUGGUCUGCGAACCACUCAAGAAGAAGAGGCUCUUCGUGGCCAGCUAAUUCUCGACAACCAAACCAAAGUCGAACAGGCGCUCCUCGUCAUUCGCAGCGCUCUCGCUCACGCUGUCGAUUGGUCUGAGAUCAGCGACAUGGUGGAAGCUGCAAAGGAGCAAAAAGAUCCAGUCGCCAGCAUCAUUCACAAGCUCAAGCUUGACAGUAACAUCAUUACUCUGAUGCUCACAAGCCCGGACGCUGUAGAAGAAGAAGAAGACGACAACUCCGAGGACGAAGGCGCUGAUCAAGCCGUUUCCUCGAAAGGCAAGGGCUCUGCGAAGGGCGGAAAGAAGGGCCAUCAUCAGCAGACACGCAUGAAGGUUGACAUCGACAUCACAGCAAGCGUACACGCCAACGCAGAGUCUUACUUUUCACGCAAGAAGCAGGCCGCCGCCAAGGAGCAGCGCACGAUCGAUGCGUCGUCCAAGGCGCUCAAGUCUGCAGAACGCCAAACCAAGCAGCAACUCAAGCAGGUCGCCGUCAAGGCCACUGUCAACAAAGUUCGCAAGGUCUUGUGGUUUGAAAAGUUCCUGUGGUUUAUCACCUCGGAGAACUACCUCGUGAUUGGCGGUCGCGACAUGCAGCAGAACGAGCUCCUGGUCAAGCGCCACCUGCGCAACGGAGACGCCUACGUGCACGCAGAUCUCCAUGGUGCCAGCAGUGUGAUUGUCAAAAACCCAACCCCAGAUCAGCCCGUCCCAAUCCGCUCCCUGUGCGAAGCUGGCACGUUUGCCGUGUGCUACAGCUCGGCGUGGGACGCCAAGGUGAUUACUAGCGCUUGGUGGGUUGCCGCCAACCAAGUCUCCAAGACUGCUCCCACCGGCGAGUAUCUCACCACGGGCAGCUUUAUGAUCCGCGGCCGCAAGAACUUUUUGCCCCCUUCGCCGCUCAUCCUUGGCUUUGGCUUCUUGUAUCGACUGGACGAAUCCUGCAUUGCAAAGCACCUGCAAGAGCGCAAGGUCGUGUCGGAGGGCGAGGCGAGCGCCAGCGCUCCGUCACUGCAAUCCGCCGAAGAGGCCGCCAACGAGCCAGAGCUGGACAUGGAUGUCAGCGACCACGACGACGAGGGCGACGAGGAUGAAGACCCUGCUGCAAGCGAUCAAAAGAACGCGACGUCCACAGCGACCCUCACGACCAGCAGCGAUGGCGCGGACGAGGAGAACGAGGACGACGAUGAUGGCGAGGAUGAUCAGGCGGCCAACGAUGUCGAGUUCCCAGACACCCAGAUUGACGUCAAGAUUGGCACGCCAUCCAUCCCAUCCACGCCUUCGUCCAUCUUGCUCGAGUCGACGGGUCCUCGAUUUGGCCCUGGGCCUGUGAUGGUCGGCAACAAGGACGUGAGCAAGUAUCUCCUUUCGCGACCGGGCGACUUUGAUGAGAACGAUGCCGAUGUUGGAUCGACUUCGGGAGGUGGCAUCAGUGGUCCCAGCGCGGAUGAUCGGCCUGUGCAAAAGCGCCACUACUUGACUGCAAAGCAGCGACGGGACAUGAAGAAGACUGGAGGCAAGCCGAUUUCUGCCUCCGAGUCGGCCAGCCAAGCAGCAGCAGAAGCAGCAGCAGCAGCAGCUCCUGAAGUGCAAGCAGCGAGCAAGGCUGAGUCUCGCCCCACGGAAAAGCCCGCUACUGCCGCAACGACAUCUACAGCUGCUGCCGCCAAACCUCUGCCGCGCGGCAAAAAGGCCAAACUGAAAAAGAUCAAGGACAAGUACGGCGAACAAGACGAGGAGGAGCGCCAGCUGCGCAUGGAGAUUCUUGGGUCCGCUGGUCGAGCCGAGACGCAGGAUUCCAAGAGCAAGGCGGAUGCCGGCAAGAAGGCCAGCAGCUCUCACUCCUCACCGUCAACGGCUGGAAGCGCAAAGAAACCAGCAGCCCGUCAAGCCACGGCGAAGCCUGAAUCUGCUGCUCCCGCAGUCGAGACAUCUACGGCAUCGGCAGGAGCUGAAGACGCGACCGCUGCGGCCGAGGAGAUGGACGAGACUGAGCGUCAGGAGAUUCGCCAACUGUUGGCAGAAGAGAACGUGACACUGCUUGAUGAGGACGCCAAGGACAACCUGACGCUGCUCGAUUCGCUCACUGGCCGUCCGUAUCCCGAUGACGUGAUUCUUUUCGCCAUCCCUGUCGUGGCGCCGUUUUCGGCAUUGACCACCUAUCGUCACAAGCUGAAGCUGACGCCCGGCGGUUCUGCACGCAAGGGCAAAGCUGUUCGCGCGGCACUCGAGGCCUUCUUCCGCUUGCCCGACUGCACUUCCCGCGAGAAAGACUUGCUGCGAGCCUGCAAAGACACCGAGCUGAUGCAAAACUUGCCCAAGAGCGCCAAGUUUGGUGCCGCGAUUCUCAAAAAGUAGACCAGCGUGUUUUUUUUUAUCCAUAUAAAGGGCAUUGCGAUCAAACCAAC